AUGAACGGCCUUGAAGGGAAGGUCGCAAUUGUCACCGGUGCGUCGCGCGGUAUUGGGGCAGCGAUCGCGCUCGAUCUCGCUAAGCAGGGCGCUAAGAUAGCAAUCACAUUUGUAUCGACUUCAAGUGAGCCAGCUGCCGAGGAUGUUCUGUCUCAGAUCAAUAAUUUCAGUAAUGGGGCACGCGCAAUCAAGAUCCAAGUGGACAUUGCGCAUGUCGACGCGCCGCGCAUCAUUAUUGAACAAACACUAGCGGCAUUCGGCCCAAAUAUUGACAUUCUCAUCAACAAUGCCGGCAAAAGCGUCAGAAAGCCAUUCCUUGAGACCACCAUGGAUGACUUUGAUCAAAGUAUCAACGUUAACUUGCGAGGUCCCUUUUUCCUCUCGCAGGCCGUUGUUCCCCAUCUUCGUCGCCCGGGUCGCAUCAUUAAUAUCAGCUCCAUCGUAUCACGCAGCGGAGGCCCCCUUUACGGAGUUUACACCGCAUCCAAGGCUGGAUUGGAGGCAUUUACGCGAUCUUUGGCUGCAGCUGUUGGCCCUUUCGGCCACAGCGUAAAUUCUGUUCUGCCGGGUCUGACAGAUACAGACAUGCUGAAGAGUCUUACGGAAGAUGACGAGUCAGCCAAAUUCCAUCGUGAUGUUGCAUCGAUGACACCUAUGGAAGGUCGAGUUGCUUCCGCGGAAGAGAUCGCAAGUGUCGUUUCACUUCUUGUUAGCCCGCAAAGCCAGUGGAUCACAGGGCAAUCUAUCAGCGCCACUGGUGGUCUGCUCAUGUUAUGA